AGAGAGAGGCAGAGUGAGAUAAGUGAGGAGCGAGGGAAAGAGAGGAGGAAGCUGGGACUGUUACUUCAUGAACUCUCCUCUUCCUGCAGUGGAGUCGCUCGCUCUACAGACACUGCGGCGGUGGCGCUCUGUCCCGGGACCCGACUGUGACUCCUGCAGAGACAGACUCCGCUCCUUCCAUCCACACACUGACAAGCUUAACAAGUACCUAACGGCGGUGGUGCUCAGCCUGUGGGGACCCGAGUCACGGCAGCCCUGGUCCAGUCCAGGUUUUACCGGCUCCUGCCUGCUGGAUGUCCACAGCUGCCUUACUUGGAGGGGAACGGCGCACAAAGACGAGGAGUUACCAAUAUCAACAUCCCCACAUCCAAUCAUACCCUCAGAGCUGGUGAAUCCUGAAAUGGGUCAAACUGCUGUGCGCCGGGAGUCUGUGUCCGCGCGGACACCACACAGGGACGGUGCCUGUUUCUCAGACGUCCGGGACACUGACCCCCAGGCUAACAUCUCCCAUUUUGGCAGGGCAGGGCUUCAUAAGGACACCUUUGCCAGCGCACUUUGAAAACGCAAACGCAAAGGAAAAACCCGGACAACCGUGUCUCAGCUACCGGCCACCUCUCGCCUCUCUCCCCCAGUGCACUCCACACCGCUUGCAACAGCAAAAGAAAAAAAAGCAAAAAAUAAAAGGUGGAGGGUCAUUUCCUUACCCCCACCCCCCAGGGAGACCUACAGUAGCCAUGACUACACUACAGCCGUCCAGGGGUGCCGGUGUUGCCAGGCGACAGACCCGGGCCCUGCCGGGGUGUCCGGCCUGCCUAUUCCCUGUGCAGCUCAGCCCGAGGGAUACAGUCCUCGUAACAGACAGGCGCCCGGGGUAUCUGACGUGCGCCCACAAGCGCGGUGACCCGAACUGGGGUCAGUGCGUGUGCGCCUCUGGAGAUGGACUGAGAGGGGCGGUUUAACGAUGUGACACUUCGGUAGGGGCAGUCGAACCCCGGCUGAGGAGAUCAGCGCUCCGGGUGGUGAGCGAUUUCAGUUCGAUUCCCCGUGACCCGGUCACAGGGGGCACGCUGUCCGUCCCGGGCUCUCCAGGAAGAGACUCCUGCUUUUCUGGAGGAUGAGGAGGGGCGCUGAUAGCCGGUAGCUUCCUUUCCCGGACCAGACCCUGCAGAGGAAGCAGGAACAGGGGUUGCAGUCCCACAUAGGCAUCCAGCAGGGCGGCGCCAUGGCAUGCAAGACCGUGCUGGUAACAGGCUGCUCCUCGGGGAUUGGGCUAGCUGUGGCCGUACGUCUGGCCAAGGAUGAGCUGAAGAGGUUCAAAGUGGUGGCCACCAUGAGGGAUCUGGACCGCAGAGGCCCGCUGGAGCAGGCGGCAGGGAGCGCCCUGAACCGGACCCUGGAGAUCAAGGAGCUGGACGCCUGCAGCGAGGACUCCAUCAGGAGCUGUGUGGACAGCAUCCCCUCCCGCCAGGUGGACAUCCUGGUGAACAACGCGGGCGUGGGCAUGAUCGGCCCGCUGGAGUGCCAGAGCAUCGGCGCCAUGCAGCGGCUGUUCGACACCAACUUCUUCGGGCUGGCGCGCCUGGUGAGGGAGGUGCUGCCGGACAUGAAGAGGCGUCAGGACGGGCACAUCGUGGUGAUGAGCAGCGUCAUGGGCAUCCAGGGUCUUCUCUUCAACGACGUUUACUCCGCCUCCAAGUUCGCGGUGGAGGGUUUCUGCGAGAGCCUGGCGGUGCAGGCCCUCAAAUUCAACAUCAGGAUGAGCCUGAUCGAGCCCGGGCCGGUCAUCACGGAGUUCGAGAAGAAGGUCUACGAGGAAGCGGACGGCAUGGACCUGGCGGGCACCGACGAGGAGACGGCCAGGAUAUUCCGGCAGGUCUACCUCCCGUACUCGCGGAAGAUCUUCGCCGCGCUGGGGCAGACCCCCGAGGAGAUCGCAGAGCAAACAUUCCAGGUGAUCACGGCCGACAGCCCCCCCUUCCGGCUGCAGACCAACCGCCUCUACACCCCCCUGACGACGCUGAAGCACGCCGACCCCAGCGGGCGCCUGCCCCUGGACGCCUUCUUCAAGAUGGUCUUCAAGCACGACCGCGUCUUCAGCGCCAGCCUGGGCUUCCUCCGGCUCCUGCGCGGGCGUGGCGCCAAGAAAGCCUGUUGAGACAGCGGGAUGGGUGGGGGGGGGGGGGGGGGAUGUUGGGGCGCGGGCAUGUCGCCUCACUCUCAUCACUCGGGCACGCCCCCUCCCGCCUCCUUCACCACGGGCCCGGAUCUGUCCCGCAGCGUCCAGCCGGAAUCGCAGGGAUAAUCGGAGCGAGCCCUGUGUCGGCUGGGCCGGGGCCGGGGCCGGGGCCGGGGCCGGGCCCCCACCACGGCUCCUUCCCUCUGGUCUUCAAAGGCCGCAGUCCUGCUGGGCUGUUCCUAAAGCGCCGCCUGCCGCGCCCUCGCCAGCCUCGAUGUUUCGGAAUGGUGGUUCAAUCACGUCGAACAAGAGAAGCGUUAGCGAGAGGAACAGGCCUCUCAGCACGCCUGUCCAGUUUGCUACGCGGUUCUGCGAUGGCACCGCGGCCCCGGUCACCCCCGCCUCCAGAGCUGAUCCGUGCCAUUGGAGGAACACCGGAUUCUAACAGGUGUCCAGAAAAGCGUGCCGCGCACCUAAAAGAGGGAGUUCCUUCAGUCUGUCACUGGAACCCAUCUGGCCAAACCGCAGGGCCCAGCCUUCACCACCGAGCACCCGUCUCCACAACUAGAAGCUCGUCGCCGAGGGUGAGCCGAGGGUGGCGUAGUGAGCGGGCCCCUGAUGAAACCGCCCCUCUGCUGUCCCUGGUCCGGUUUGCUGCCAGGAUCCUGUUUACUAGAUCAGGACGUAUCAAGAACAGCAGGGGAAAAAAACAAAACAAAGCUUUUUGCUGCGGGACGUGUAGGUUGAAAAGCUGCUGCCCUGGCCUCAAGCUGCCGUGGUCUGGUCCGGUCCGGUGGACGUCUAGGAAUGGGUUCUGGUCCGGUCCGCUCCUUGUGCCGAUUCCACCAGUCUGCGUCUGCCGCCGGCUUGUCAGGUCGCCUGGAAGCAGCGAUGGUCUGGGACACGUGGCCCCGUGGGAACUGGAGCCCUUCAGGACAGGAAGUUCUGUGGAUUUUCCCCAAGAUUUUCCACAGAGGCUGGACUACCGAAAACAGAGCUAGAGUUUUCUUACAGGCUUGCCCAAGUACAAAGUUAGGUCAAUCAAUAAAUUAAAACGUCAGUAGUGCGUGAUGACUGACCACAGGUUUACAUGUUAGAGGUUUAAGUUUAUUUUCAGUGGGCCUGGCCAUUAAACUGCAGACAUUAGACGUUUUAAAAUAAUUGUGCUUUCUUGACAUUGCACAGGAUUCUAGGUACUCUUUUGCAGUAUAAUCCAUGACUCCUUGUUAGAACUGUGUUGUAUUUUAAUACCUCAGGAGUGAAAGUACUAUCAGCCUCAUUUCAAGGAAUGUUUGUAACAAUGUGGUGGAUUAAAAGAAAGCUGAAACUACA